AACCGCCGACCCAACACCUCUCAUAUUGCAGCAGGACAACCAAGCAUCCCCACAACACCACAUCACCAGCAUAAAGCCCUUUCCUCCCAAUCAGUCAAUCAACAAAAGAUGACCAGCCUCCAAGUACAGCCGCGAGCCAUCGACCAGCAGGACCUCCGCCAUGUAGUCUGGGGUCUCUUCCUCGCAGUCCUGCACCUAAUCCUCAUCUGGCGCCUCUAUACCUGCCCAAUAUAUCCCAACGAUUAUUCCGAAAUGCCAGAGGAAUUCAAUUUCAUAUUCAUGGUCAGCACCGGGCUAGUCCUAAACGUAAUCGUGACACUCGGCGGCACAGCCCGGGACACAUGCCGGCCGCUAGCCGGAUUCAUAGCCUUCGUGCUCUGGAUUGGCCUUAAGCCGCGGCGUCCACCUCACCGGGAGACACCUCACAGGGAGAGGCGGAGAAGAGAUGGGGUCAAUUUUGCCGUGAAAUUGGCCAAGGCCGCCAUCGUGUUUUGGACUGGAUUCUUAAUCGAGUGGAGGAUGGGGUAUUGCUAUAAAAUUGCCGAGGCUACUGCGUACUACGUCUACGCCGACCGAUACGGUCUUCUGAGAUAAACGUUACGACAACGUACAGAUCGAUUGGCGCAGAGCUUCCCCCCCUUCCCCCAUGCGAUCACAAGACAUAACGGCUCGGGACGGAACAGGAUGGAACGGAGGCGCAUCGUUUGUAAGCGCGGUACCGUAACCACCGCGUCUAUCGCUACGUCAUCGGGCAGUCGGGCAGAAGAGAGAUGCAUGUACAUGAUAGUUUGGAUCCCAGCGUUUGGUUUCCCCUUGCUUGGCUUUGAUCCCGUGGUAUAUUGCUUCGGUGAAAAAUAGGGGACAAGCAUGUAGCGACACGAAUCCUAAUUCUUGUUU